AAAAUAUUGGCAGAAUUUUGUUCUCUGCAAGCGACUCGUCCUACCCACGAAAGGAAACGGGAUUGCUGUCAUGAUAAAAUACGAUCCUUAGGGACAGAACCUCACACUAUCAACGAGAAAUCCAUUUUACCAGCCCUUUGUCAUUACAUUUCGGCGUAUUGGCGACGAUUUGCUCCACUCUUUGUUUUCGUGUUGCCUAGGUUGUUCUUGCUCAGAUCUCUAGAUAUGAAAGUUUUCGCUUCAACGUGCACAUUCGAUUACUCAUGGGAGGAGGUCUCUACUGCCAACUGGCGAAAGUACUGUCCGUGGAAUGACAAGUCGACCCAUGUUGUGGCUGUUGAUAUUCUCUCCAGGACACUGCACCCUGAUACCGGCAUUCUACGAACGGAACGUCUUAUAACCUGUAAUCAAACUGCUCCUCAAUGGCUGCUCACACUUUUCGGUGGCAAUGCUACCUCUCACGUCUACGAAGUGUCAUAUGUCGAUCCUUCUUCUAAGAGAGUGACGAUGUGCUCAACGAACCUUACAUGGUCGAAUGUUCUGAAAGUCCGAGAAACCGUGACCUACCAGCCGUCGCGAAAUGCUCCAAGGACGAAGACAGAUUUCAAGCAAGAUGCCCAGAUAACAGCCGUUUGCAGCGGGUGGCAGAAAGUAAAAAACAAAGUUGAAGAAGCAAGCGUUGAACGAUUUAGCCAGAACGCUAAGAAGGGUCGUGAGGGCUUCGAGGCUGUGCUGGAGAUGAGUCGGAGGGUGUUUGGGGAGCAACGUGAAUCUGAGGCAAGGAAGCAGACCCAAUAACACCCGCUCCUCGUCCUUGAGCUUUUCCUUUGGCGACUUCUCGUGGCUCUUCGCCCUUCCGUCUCUCUUCCUCGAACUGCGGCUCUAUGUUUUUAAUCCUUUACGCCUUACUUUUUUAGCGUUUAUUUCCCCCGCGCCUCGUCCACUGUUUUGUUGUUUCAGACACGUGAUUCCAAAUCCGGAGCGAUUGCAUUUAUAUAUACACGACUUCUGCAGAAAAGCAUGCUACCCACAACGAAGAGAAACUGACACUCUAAUUCUUAUACUUUCAUCUCUAUGUUAUUUCCUUGAUUUGUUCUCACCUAUUUUCGUGGUAUGUUGGGAGGUAAUAGGCUCAAAAAACGCGAUUGAUGAUUUACAUUGGCCCAAAAGAAAAGGAGGAGUUUGUUUAUUUUUUAUGGUGUACAGUUAUUUUUGAUUUUCCUUUUUUCCUCUUUUCCUUUUUUUGCCAUCUUUCUCCUUUCAUGUAUUCGAACUAGACUUCUGCCAUUAGCGUUAUUUAUUUCCUGUCUACACGCAUGUAUACAUAGGCAGUUACACAUACAAUGUUGUUUUGUCGAUG